UAUAAUUGUUCAUAAUGCAUUCAUUACCUGUAACAAAAGAAUCUUGUAACCGAGCUUAUCGUAUAAAUAGAUCUGAGAAUCAUUGUAACAUUAGAGAUUUAGAGACCACUCUCCUAGCAUCGAGCUUGACUCAUGCUGGUCAAGAGACCACCUAGUGCUAAGCCACGUUAUACAAGAUUAAACCAAGGUUUAAAGCAGAAUUUACUCCGUGCUCUGUGUCCAAGUCUCRUGCCGUCUCGUAGGGUAAAGUUAAGAUUACGGGCCCUGCAAUUCGAGUCGCUACUACCGAAGCUAGUCCACCCCGACGCUCAGAGCACACGAACCGACAAAAAUAUUUACCGUAACACAUGCAUGCGAUGUUGAUUUYUGCAGAUCUCACAUUGWUUUCCAUCAUGGCGGGGAAUACAACGUUCACUGUUUAUCUUCGAGUUCUCAAAAAAGAGAAUAAAAGCSGAAACAAAUUGACACUAUAUUUAUGCCUAAUUUGACAGUUCAUUGAUUUUUACCCAGAAACCUGUUCGGGYGGGUCGCGUGCUACGAGCGAGAAACGCCUGGGAAAUAAGUUGGAAGGUUCCACUAAAUAUAACAUAUCUUUUGUUAACAUAAUGAAACUUAACUAUUUAACUAGUUAACUUCUAUUUAAUUACUAACUGAUAUUCCAUACUUCGACGACAAGUCAGCACAUGUACAAAAGAAAAAGGUUAAAAGUCAUAAUAAAACACAAAUAUGCGUCCCAAAUCCACUUUUGUGAUUUUGGUAGUUGCUGUUGGAACCAACCUUAUUGUCUUUAGCUUCAUUGGCAAAACUUGUAAAAAUGAGUACCAAAGGCMAAUCCCUUGUAAUGUAGUCCCUUAUAUUGAAACAAAGAGAGAGCUUGCCAAUCAAUUAGCUGAUAUUUACCUCAAACUUAAGAAUGCCAUGGACUAUAACAAACCGCCUACCCCUAAGACGCUUGUCAAACUCAAUAGCAUUAUUGCAGAACUUAAUCCAGCACAUAAACUCAGCUUUGAAGAACCCACAGAACCAAGAAAUUCAUCUGUCAUGCUGGAUGUUUGCCCUGAGAAGUAUAUGGGUGAAUUAUAUGACCACCCUUUCUUUCACAAGGGAUGGCAACUGCAAGAUUGCAAAAAUGUCAAACCAUUGAACCAGGUUGUGAGCAUUAUUCUUAAUACAAUGGAAUAUCCUAAGCCAAUGGAAAAGCAAGUAGACACUGUAUUAAAUGGUAUCAAUCAAACCUAUCCACAAGUCAAAGUUUACUUGGCAGCCAAGACUAGCCAAAUAAAAUCAGUAGCUAAAAAAUACCCAAAUAUCAAAACUGUGACUUUCAGUAAGGGCAGUUCUUUUGGUAAAGUAUGGAACCAACUUAUCAAUGAAGUCUCAACUCCCUACACACUUGUUGCACGAGAUAUUGUUCAUUUUACUUGGGUUACACGUAUUGAACGACAAAUUCGCAUGAUAAGUACAACAGACCAUGUUGCAAUAGUUGGAGGAUCAUUCCGUAAUCUUACUGGACAUUGGCGAGUAGGAUGUCGACAAACUAAGCUAUUUAACUAUGUAUUACAGUAUGAAGAAGGUUAUCACUUCUCUAGAUACUCUUGCAUGUUUUGUGAUGACUUGGAAGGUCCAUUUGUUGCCCGAACUGAUCUAUUGAAAGCUCUCAAAUUCAGUGAAAAGUAUAGCAAAGAAAUCUUGUUYGAAGAGUUCUUUCUWCGURUUUUUCACAGUGGAAACUUGGUAAUGAACUGCCCUGAUGCAAUGUAUUUYACAACAGACUACUCUACAGAAACUAAACACAACAGCAAGGCAGUGUGGCAUGCUCUUGCAACAGACUGGAAGUUAGUACGGGUUGUUAUGAAUGAUUACAAYGUCAGACAUAAGUUUUCUUGYGGAGAAAUUUCRUACAAGUGURAUACCWRGRAAAUAACAAAGGAUAAAGCUCUUCCUAUGUGCUGUUUGGAGCAGUUUGGAAAUUUCAUGAAUUUUUUCCACGACUUGUCCAUGAAAAAUAACAUACAUUACGAACUUGAUUCUGGUUCAAAUCUGGCAUGUGUAAAAUUCAACAACUACAAUCCAUUUGACRUUGAUGGGGAUUYAWUCUUGUCAUCUUAUAAUAUGUCGUUUGUCAACUCUAAGUCGACUCUUGUGUCACAACAUGGAUAUAAACUGGAAGGAUAYCAACCASCAGGUAUUGGCAGUGAUGGGAAAUUGAAAAAGGGUGGUUCGAGUGGAUUUCUAGAUUUUUACACUCCAGACAUAAAUAUAGAAGUUUGGGGCUCAAUAGAUAUGUCAGCUGACAAGUAUUCUCCCCCUGAGUUGAACAAACCAUCACACUACACCAAGUGCCGUGUAAAUAAUCACUGGAUAAACUGUGCUCAUUCCCCUGGACUGUAUUCACACAAUCGUUAUGGACCAGACAUUUUGAAGCAUAGUCAAAGCUGGAUAAUGUAUGGAAAAAAAAGUAGCUGGGAUAGAUAUAAACCAGGGUCUUAUGUUGGGUGUAGUGAUCCAACAUUCCAUGCAUGUCUAGAUAAAUUUCCUAAUGAUGGUAAUAUUGCUUUCAAAGUUUUAUAAGUGACAUUUUGAAUUACUGGAUGUCCAUGGGGCUGUGCAGCAACCAUGUCUUAUACAGGGUGUUAAUAUUUAUCUAGUAGACUAUUGGUCAAAAUGAAAAACAAUGACAUCUUAGAUCAUCUUGGCUACCGGUUUAUGGUAGCCCUCAAGUCUUAGAUGGGGUAAAUAUUUUAUCAAUUUGCCUUGAAAAGGCGUAUGGAAUUUCACGAUUUUGAUGUCUUGAUAAGAUCAUAGUUUAGAGGUACCAUCCUUGUCAUGAAUUUGUAACCCCUGGGGGUUAUGUGAUGGUGAAAAUAUUUUUAGUAGAUAUUUGUAAAAUACUAAGAAUUAUUAUAAAGGUGAAAAAAAGAAAGCAUGAGAAACACAGGUAGCCCAA